AUGAGUGCCCAACAGUUGUCUCCCUCUAUGCUGACUAUUCAAGGGUUCAACCAACUUGGGCAAAAAGCCAUGUAUUCUAUUGCACUGCAAACGGAAAUAGGGGACCUAUAUUCAGACUCCCUAUUCUAUGUGAUCGAUGCAGACACUUUAUACAACGUCUUGCUAGGAGGCCCAUGGCUCCAUACAUAUGGCACAAUCCCUUCUACACUUCACCAAUGCUUUAAAUGCUUGGUGGAUGGGGAAAUCAAGAACGUUUCAGCCGACAUGGACCCGUUCAGAGGCGAAGAGGUAAAUUACUCUAAUGCGAAGUUUUAUGAUCCACCUGAUCUCUCAUUUACACAACCAUCAAAGGUUGAUAAGGAGAAUAAAGGAGCAACUGUCAAAGCAAGAAAAUCACAGAAGGCAGAAGCACCCAAACCCUCAAGGGUAAUUCUUGUGAAGCUAACACCUCGUGGUGCAUCGUCCUCAAAAGGUGAACAAGUCCUGAUUUCAAAGACUCCCAAGCCAAAGAUAAUUGUCAAAACUUGA